CUAUAAACUAUUAUAACUCAACAGCUUAUAUUACAAAUAAAUCAAAUUUGUAACAUAAAAACCUACAUUGUAAAACUAUAGAUAUAGCAACUAGUGAAGAUCCUUCAAUAUGUCCUCACAAGUAGUGCAGUUGCAUGUCAAAAAAAAUCAUGUAGUUUUGGACAAUGGUAUACUACAAGUGUAUUUAUCAAAUCCAGAUGGAUUUGUGACUAGAAUACAAUAUAAUGGCAUUGAUAAUCUGCUUGAAGCUCUUAAUGAAAAGAAUAAUCGAGGGUAUUGGGAUCUUGUUUGGAGUGAAGCAGGAAGCACCGGAACAACCGGAACAUCCGAGCGGGUUGUGGGAACAAGUUUUAAGGUUAUAAUGGAAACAGAGGAACAAGUUGAAAUCUCAUUUACAAGAAUAUGGGAUCAAUCUCUAAAGGGAAAGCAAUCAGCUCUAAAUAUAGACAAAAGGUAUGUGAUGCUAAGCAAUUCGUCAGGAUUCUACUCUUAUGCUAUCUUUGAGCACCUGAAGGAGUGGCCAGCUUUUAACAUACCUCAAAUAAGGAUUGUUUAUAAGCUUCGUAAAGACAAGUUUCAUUACAUGGCUGUGGCGGAUGAUAGACAGAGGUUGAUGCCUCUACCUGAUGAUCGAUUACCCGGAAGAGGAGAAGAACUUGUUCCUCCAGAAGCUGUUUUGCUUGUUAAUCCAGUUGAACCAGAGUUCACAGGAGAGGUUGAUGACAAGUACCAAUACUCAAGUGAGAACAUAAACCUUAAGGUUCAUGGAUGGAUAAGUACAGAAUCUGAAACAAAUCCAGCAACAGGGUUUUGGGUAAUCAUACCCAGCAAUGAGUUUCGAUCAGGUGGCCUUGUUAAACAGAAUCUCACCUCUCAUGUUGGCCCCAUCAGUCUUGCAAUGUUUCUUAGUGCUCAUUACGCAGGAGAGGAUAUAGUGCUUAAACUCCAGCCCAAUGAGCCAUGGAAGAAAGUUUUUGGGCCAACUUUUGUCUAUCUUAACACCUUGUUGGAUGGUAAUGAGGAUCCACUAGAGCUUUGGGAGGACGCCAAAUACCAGAUGAACAAGGAAGUACAAAGUUGGCCCUAUGAUUUUCCAGCUUCAGAUGAUUUUCAAAAGCCAAACCAACGUGGCAGCGUUUGUGGCACAUUACUAGUUCGUGACAGGUGUGUAAGUGACGAGUGCAUAAUAGCUCAAGGUGCAUACAUAGGAUUGGCACCACCAGGAGAUGUUGGAUCUUGGCAAAGAGAAUGCAAGGGAUACCAAUUUUGGACCAAAGCAAACAAGGAAGGCUACUUUUUAAUCAAUAAUAUAAGGAGUGGAGAUUACAAUCUAUAUGCAUGGGUUCCAGGUUUUAUUGGAGAAUAUUGGAACAAUGGAGUCCUCAAAAUAACCUCAGGUUGUGAAAUAAACCUUGGUGACAUAAUUUAUGAGCCUCCAAGAGAUGGUCCAACAUUAUGGGAGAUUGGAAUUCCUGAUCGCUCUGCUGCUGAGUUCUAUGUUCCAGAUCCUAAUCCAAAAUUCAUAAACAAGCUUUUUAUUGACCAUCCAGAUAAGUUUAGGCAAUUUGGCUUGUGGGAAAGAUAUGCAGAGUUAUACCCAGAUGAAGAUUUGAUUUAUACCGUUGGUAUUAGUGAUUACACAAAAGAUUGGUUUUAUGCCCAGGUCACCAGGAAGAAAUAUGAUGGCAGUUAUCAAGGAACUACAUGGCAAAUUAAGUUCAACCUAGAUGAUGUGGAAGCAAAUAGAAUCUAUAAAUUGCGAUUGGCUCUUGCAAGUGCAAAUGUCUCUGAGUUACAAGUUAGAGUAAAUGAUUUGAAACAAGAUCCUCCACUAUUUACUACGGGUGUGAUUGGAAAGGACAAUGCAAUAGCUAGACAUGGAAUUCAUGGACUCUAUUGGCUCUUCAACAUUGAUGUGUCAAGUAUUUUGCUAUCCCAAGGAGAUAAUACUAUAUUUUUAACACAAGCUAUGGCUACUGGCCCCUUGGCUCUCUUUCAAGGAAUAAUGUAUGACUAUAUUCGUUUAGAAGGCCCCAAAUAUGUUUCUUCCCAUUAAAGAAAACUAGACGGCUGCCCGUGCGUUGCACGGGUUCAGCGGAACAUGAUUUAUAUACCAAUCAUGGUUGCUAUGAGCCAAGGAAGCUAGUCAUAAGCAUAUAUGGACAUUUCUUAGGGGGAGUAUCAUUUAUAUAUCAAUCAUGGAUGCUAUGAGCCGAGGAAGUUAGUCAUAAGCAUACAAAAAUUACUUUGGGGGAGCAUCAUUUAUAUAUCAAUCAUGGAUGUAAAGGAUAUGGUGCAAUAUGGAUAUAUCAUGUAGUGUAAUAAAGUGUACAAAUUAUGAUAGGUUAGUACAAAAAAAGUACGAACCAUUGUUGAUAAUUAUGGGGCGAAAACUAAAAAUUUAGAUAAGCGGCAUGCAGAAAUUACAAACCUUUGUAUCAGGAACGCAUAAAAAUUAGGAAUCUAUGUGAAUGCUCAAA